CAGGGGUCCCGGUAGAAAUGGGCUCAGCCCACGUUCCUGGGACCGGGCAACUUUUAGCAAUUGUUCCAAAGCGUCGCACUCUUGCUCUUAAACCCUAACAAAAAUGGCGCAUUUCCGACGACUCUUUCUCCGACCGUCGCUACCCACGUCACCAGCUCCCUGUAUUCACUUCACCACGGCGACUGACCGGAAAACUGAAGGGAAGUGGUUGACUUUACCUCCCUACACUCACACCAUCGAUGCUUCUGCCUUGGGAAAACAAAUUUAUUCGAGAAAUUCGGCUGAAACCCAAGGCGAAACGACGGCGCUCAAGUGGAUUAUCAAGUGCUGCCCUCAGCUGCCCAGGUCUCUUGUGCAGAAACUGUUCCGAUUGAGGCAGGUGCGAAGAGAAUCUAUUGAUUUUUCGAGUUCAGAUGUAGGUGGUUUAGCUCAAGAGCGACGAGUUAAACGGGUGGGAGCCAAGGAUGCUAUGCAAUAUGGAGAUAAGAUAUUUCUUCCUAAGACUGUUGAAGAGUUGUCCUCUGCAAAAACGGAGAAAGCUGAAAAGGUUGAGGGUCGUUACAAUGAGGAAGAGCAGAAGUUUGUACAGAGCCUUGAAUUGUACAAGGAUUCAGCCAUCAUUGUUGUCAAUAAACCCCACGGAAUGCCUGUUCAAGGAGGUGUUGGCAUCAAGAGAAGUCUGGAUGAAUUGGCCGGUGCUUAUCUUAGGCAGGAUAACUCAGAAUCUCCACGGCUGGUGCAUAGACUUGAUAGAGAUAGUAGUGGUAUCUUGGUGAUGGGGAGGACACAAUUAAGUACUACCAUUCUGCAUUCAAUCUUCCGUGAGAAGACUUUUGGAGCUUCGACUGAGGAUCUGGAAGAAAAAAAGGAAAUACUGCAGAGGAAGUAUUGGGCACUUGUCUUUGGGUGUCCAAGACGUCGACAAGGAAAUAUAUCACUGCCCUUGGGGAAGGUGGUUAUGGAUGAUGGAAAAUCUGAGCGGAUUACAGUUGUUGAUAAUGCAAAUAGUAUGCCGUCUCAGCAUGCUAUAACUGAGUAUCGGGUCAUCGGAUCUUCUAGCCAUGGUUACACGUGGUUGGAGUUAUGCCCUCGCACCGGUCGAAAGCAUCAGCUCCGUGUUCACUGUGCGGAAGUAUUGGGGACUCCAAUUGUCGGAGACUUCAAGUAUGGUUGGCAAGCUCAUCGGAAAUAUUUCCCUUCCUCUAAUGUUGAAGAAAAUCUUGACGAAAAGCUUCUGAAGGGGAAGAAAAUACCAUUUGGUCUCGAGUUGGAGCAUGGAAGUAUAUCUGAUAAGCGGCCUAAGCUACAUCUACACUGCAAGGAGAUGACUUUACCAAAUGUGUCCACCGCUUUAGAUCGUGCUCAAAGAUGUUCACCUCAGAAUUUUGCGAAUCUCGAAAGCCUGAAGUUGGAUGCUCCUCUUCCAUAUCACAUGCAAAGAAGUUGGGACAUCCUGAAUUCCUGAGCUAUAUUAAUUGAUUGUUCAAAGUUUUGUUAGAAAGGUAUUCGUUUAAUUUUCUAUAUGUAUCUUACAAAUAAGAUAAAACCUGAACAGUAGAUUAGAAGUUGUGGAAUGUGGUAAGCCAUCGACUUUGUUUUUUGA